AACCGACCUCCGUGGGAUUUCGCGACUCGCGAGAUUUCCAUCUUUACUCGCUGAGGCUCUCGGCGAUUUCCGGAGAGAGACUUCGGCUGCUUCCGGAAGAGGCAAUUAAAAUUAUUCUAAGUUGACUGGGCGUCGUCAUGGCAAGUUCUUCCAAAAUAAGCGAGAGCAAUAUGCAAGUAAUUACAGUAACCAAAGAAACAAGUCUCGGCUUGAGCCUUGUUGGAGAGAUUAGCAGAACAGAAGGACCAUUGAUUUAUAUUAAGGACAUUAUCCCUGGAGGAGACUGUCACAAGGAUGGGCGCUUAAGACCUGGAGAUCAGCUUGUGUGUAUAAAUAAGGACUCGCUGGUUGGUGUGUCAUGCGAGGAAGCAAGAAGCAUAUUAAACAGAGCUAAGUUAAGCCUCAAUAGAGCUCACGUUCAGGAAAGCAGUCGGAAAAAGCUGUCUACUGUAAAUCCAGAUGCUCGAUUUAAAGUCGAAAAACUAGAAAUGGCUUUGAAAUACCUUGGCAUUAGCCCCACAGAAGAGCAGAGGCAGUCUUUGAGGCAGAGCAUUCAUAUGGAUACUAAUAAAACUGUAUCUUUUGGAGAGUUUGUGAAGGUGGCCAAAAGUUUGUUCAAUUUGCAAUUAAAAGAAGAUGUUCUCAAGCAGAGAAUUGCAGACAAUGACGUUGCCAAUUUACUAGAUUCAGUCACAAGUCAGGUUCCGUUGUGUGAAUUAUCAGAAUCUAAUGACAUAGAGAGACUUAAAAGAGAAAGACGAGAAGCACAUGAGGAUAUAAGGAAUCUCCAGGAACGUCUCUUGGAAUCCGAGAAACAAAACCAACAUCUGUCUGAGGAGCUUAAAUAUGUAAAACAAGAAGCAAAAGCUGCUAUUGAGGAAACCAGAUCACUUCGGAGCAGAAUCCAGUUGGCAGAAGCAGUACAGAAGCAGGCUCGUGCCGUAGAGAUGGACUAUGAAGAAGUCAUCCGUUUGUUAGAGGCUGAACUUACAGAGCUAAAAUCUCAACUUUCUGGUCACUCCAGCCAAAAUAAAGACAAUACACAGGAUUUUAAAAGAAGAAUUACCGUUCUCGGUUGUCAGCUACGAAAAUCGGAGAUGGCUAGAAAAACCUAUGAAGCGACCACUGAGAAGUUGCUGAAUUUUGUAGAGGAUGUCAAUGAAAAACUAUCGGAUAAUACAGGCUCUGUCCUGAAUCUAAGUGAACGUAUUCCUGCAUUGUCAUCUCAAUCAUUUUUAUCAAAAGUGGGGCCAAACGGCAGAGCUAUUGUGGCUAAUAUUGCAGCAGAAUCUAAAGAACUUUCCAGAUCUGUUCGUUCCAUUUUGGAAGCUGACUGCCUCCCUUACGGUUGGGAAGAAGCUUACACAGCAGAUGGGAUCAAGUACUUUAUCAACCAUGUAACACAAACAACAUCUUGGACUCAUCCUGUGGCUGAUGCUCUGGGCUUGUCCUAUCAAGAAGAUAUUGGCGAAGGCAUCUUGCAUGAUCCUCCAGAACUUAAAAAUGUGUAAAUUGUUAAUUAUAUAUUAAAGGGACAUAAUACUCAUAUGCUAAAUCACUUGAACGUGAUGCAGUAUGACUGUAAAAACCUGAAAAUCUAUAUGUUUAAAAGGAAGAUAUUUUACCUCACAAUUUCGUCAGCUCACUGCUCUGUUUCAAUUACUGCCCAGCUGCAGGUAAAAAAAAAAGAAAGAAAUGAACAGCAGCCAAUCAGCAUCAGCAGUGCUGAGGUCAUGAACUCUUUUACUGUGAUCUCAUGAGAUUUUACUUAACUAUCAUGAGAUUUCAUAAUAAACCUCCUUAAACUGAUUAGGGAAAUAACAUGAGUGUGCAUGAGGCAUGCUCCCUUGCAGGUCCCGGGACAGGCAUACUGAUUUGCUGCUUAAAAUCCUUUACAAUUCGGUGUGAAUAUUUAGGACAUUUUAAAGUAAAAUAUCUUUUUUUUACAUAGGGAUGUUCAGGUGAUAUUUUCUAGUCUGCUUUUUACAGCUACGCUUCAUCUCUUUCAAGUGUUUCAACAUUUGGGUAUCAUGUCCCUUUAAGCAUAACCAUAUAACUAACCCUGUUAGCUUUAGUGUAUUAUUUUAAAGAUGUAUUUUUGUAUAUUUAGUAUAACAGUGUUAGUAACCUGGUUAUCUUCGCUUUUGUGCAUUAUUUUAAAAAAAUGUAUUUAUGUACAUUUAGCAUAACAGUGUAACUACCUUGGUUAUCUCAAGUUUACUGUAUUAUUUUAUAGAUGUAUUUAUGAGACUCCCUACCAGUUUAAUCAGAUUAAAGUUGCCACAUAUGUUCUUUUAUUAUUAUAUUACAUUGCAACACAUGAUUGGCUGGGACAAAAAGACUUGGUGUUCCAAGUAAACAACUGCCAAUUUUUGUCUUUAUCAUUUUUUUUUAACAAUGCUUUAUAUUUCCCUGUAAAAACUUGUAAAUCGUUAUGUAUAUUAUGUUAUAUCAGCCUGUAGCUUACAUAGUUCAUAUAAAUCAGGUGCUCCCAAUCUUUUUAUCAGCCACCACCUUCUUGGUUCCAUAAACUGCCAUCAGCGCCACCCCACGCCUACCCCAAUAAAAAUAUUAUUCAAAAUAGCAAUGCACAACCCCUAAUAAAGAUAACUACACAAUGCAAUGUAAAAGCAUAGCAAUCAUCUAAACAUUUAUUCAAAUGUUAAGUGAAACUAUUUACUUUAGUAAUUUCAAAGUUGUUAGUCACUGUGUCGUAUAUAUAAUAUAUAACACAUUUAGUAACUACUUGACUAUUCAAAAAAUUGUUAAUGUGAUGAUUGUACUUGAUAUAGGGUUACCAGUUCCCCAACAUCUAUUUUCAUGUCACUUAGCAUGAGUCCUAAAUCACCACAUUCAUAUUUCUGGAACUUCUUUGCUUGGGACAUAGUUUUGCAACUGCACCAAUAAACAGACUUUAUGGAAAGUAUAUCUUAGUUACCAAAGUAUUAUGUAGUGCAUACUACACAGCUUUUUUCCUAUGACAGCAGGCAGAAGACUGGGAAACCAUUGACAGACUACUGUAUGCAGAGCUACUCAGACAAACAAAACAGGCCUACUCUAUGUUUCCUGCUACUACACAGCAAUUCCGAACUGUGCAGUUAAUUUUAACAAUACGUGCUAUGUAAAGUACUGAUAAAACAACGAACAUAAGCUUACCAAUAAACCAACUAUCAGGGAAAAACAAAUCACAGAAUCCUGUAUAGAUUAGUUACAAACUUUGCUGAAACUACAUUUGUAAUUUGUUGACCUCUAGUAAAAUGCUUGUGACAGUAUUGUAUUUUCAGGCAAUAUGAAAUGGGCUGUACUAAAUAAAAUAUUGUUUUUUCAAAAGCAUAUAUCUCAAUUAUACAGGCGACUGCCUUAUUGAAAAUUG